AUGGAGGCUAAUGAAGAUUGCGGGUUGUUACCCGAGUACAAUGAUACCACCGUGGAGAGUCAACGCACGGAAGCCGUCAAACAUACGGAACAACUUGAGAAUGGAAAGGGACAUGCGUGGUUAUGGCUCACCGUGGAGAGCCGGGCCAAAAGUUCCCAACAGCGCCCUUUGUUCGUAACUGCAGAUACAGUCCGUGGCACUGUCGAGAUUAACUCCGAACAAGCGGGGAGGCCAAAGGAGAUAUCAAUUGCGGUAACUGCUGGUCUGACCGCAGUCGGUCAAGAGGAGGAAAGAUUCCUCUACGUGUCGCAAACUCUGUGGAGCGGAAAAGAUCCUUCAGCAAACACGCUGCCCACUGGUCGGAGUAGCUGGCCAUUCGAGAUCACACUUCCUGAGGAGAUCACUCGUACAAGUAGAGUCAAGGCAUCCUCGCCAACAUGCCCACUCCCACCAAGCUUUUCGGAAAAGGGCAGUCCCGCUUACAUCGACUACAAGCUCGUUGCAACCGUUAGGCGAGGCCUUUUUAAAUCUAAUCAGACCCUUGCCUGCCCGUUCGUGUAUCUUCCCGUCACACGGGCGGAGCCACCUCCUCGACUCAGGCUAGCUGCGUAUCGUGAUGGAACUGCACUUGUCGGUCCCGACGGAGAUCCGGAAGGUUGGCAGAUUGCUCCGCCCGCGAAAGUCACCGGCACGUUGUUCGACAGUCGACAGGUAGACGUCGAAUACAAGCUAACUUGCGCGCGUGGCUCGCCAAUUCCACUGUCAGUAACGGUGACCAGCGACGACGAACAGGCUCUUGAUCUUCUCAGUGCACCGACUUCCAUCAGGCUGCACCUUAUUCGCACCCGCGUGCUUGGUCCGCAUGCAAUGUCGGAGGACGAGAGAGUUGGCACCGCAUACUUCUGGCCAUCGGACGCUGGUGCGCAGGACAGGGGCAAGCGCGCCUUAUGGGGAGAAAUCCUCGCGAAGUCGGACAGCAAGCCUAGCUUCGCAUGCCCUGGCUUCUCUUUGAGGCGAGUCAGUGGCUACGCAAAUAUUCACCGUUACGACCGCUGGUGCUCCUGGAAUUACCAUCCUUCACACGCACCACCGGGAUACGCCUACUCGGAAGAAGCCGACUACAACAACACGCUCGGAUAUCUUGAGAAUGGAAAUCAAAGGUGA